AGAGAAAUAUAUUAAAAUGUAUCUGAUGAUGAAGGUUUACCUUUUACCUUAUUGUGGCCAUCGUUGGUGUGAGAAUCAAAACUGUUGUGAACAAGCAGCAAGUAUUUUUCCUGGAUAUUUAAAGUUUAUUGAACACUUACAAAGUUUACCAAAAUCAAAGCAACCUCAUGGAAAAUGGUUUGAUAUUUUAAAAGACCACUAUGGUACACAGAUGAAUAUGCAAGUGAACUUUCAAUAUGCUCAAGUGACACUGAGUCUCAAGAUUGUGAAAAAUAUUAUCAUUCUGGUGAUCAGGAAACUUCAAACCAGUUGUGUGAUUAUAAGGACAGUACAGCCAGUGGAUCAUUUGUUAACAGCGGUCAAGAUAAAUGUAUGAGUGAGCACACCUACCCAUUGUGUUAUAAUUCAGCUAAAAAUGUUGGAUUAGCCUCGGGAAGACUUGUUGCUUGGAAUUUAAUAAAUCUUAUUGUUGGCACGAGUUUACUUGCUUUUCCAUAUGCUUUGCAGCAAGCUGGGUUAAUAGUUCUUCCUUUUAUUCUAAUAAUUGCUCUUAUCAUGAACUAUACAAGUCACAUUUUAAUAGAUAUGAUGUACGAAGAAUCAAUUGAAAUGAAUGGUUAUAGAAUUAGAGUGCGAAUGAAUUAUGCUGAUAUUGUUGAAGAUACAUUAAACUCUCCUUGUGGUUCACUAAUAAUGCAGAUAAUACAAACUAUUGAAAUGCUUGCUAAGUGUGUUUUAAACAUAUGUGUUCUUGGUCAAUUGUCACAUGAAAUAUUUCAGACUAUAAAUAUAAAACUUUGUACAGUUAUUGCUGGCGGUCUAGUAUUACCUUCAUUUUUUAUACGUAAAUUGGUUUUAGUUGGUUGGUUACAAACUCUCAGUGUUAUUUCUUUGAGUAUUGGUCUAGUUAUAGUGGUGCUGUUUUGUUUGGUAAAUGUUUCAAAAUGGAAUGUUGCUAAUCUACCUAUAUGCAAUAUUGUUAAUUUACCACUUGCUAUCGGAAUUAUUGUUUAUGCUUUUGGAAUCCAUGGUGUGAUGCCGGGUCUUGAAGGACAAAUGAGAAAACCACAAAACUUUGGUAUUGCUGUAAAUAUCACUUUUGUUAUAGCUUUGGUUAUACAGAGCUUUUUCAGUGUAACAAAUGUUUUACUUUAUGGGGUCAACACUCGUCAGGUUAUAACUAUAGAUUUGCAAUCCCAUUUCGGUCUUGGUGUAGCCACUGCAAUAUUUAUUGGUAUUUCAAUAUUAUGUCAUUUUUCUUUGCCUACAAUAGUUGUUAUGGAGAAACUUGAAGUAGCUGCUCAUCAUAUGCUACGGUGCUGUCAUUUUGGUAAUUCUAAAUAUGAAGUUGCAGUAAGCAUUUUAUUGAGGAUGUUUAUAAUAAUGCUUUCUGUUACUAUUGCAGCAUUUCUUCCUUAUUUUGCACACUUGAUGGGUUUUAUCGGAAGUUCUGUUAUUGUUUUGACAUCAAUGAUUAUACCAUGUGUAUUGCAUUUAAAAUUGCGAAAAAAGAAUUUGUGCUGGUAUCAAGUUGUAACUGAUAUUUUUAUAAUAGUGUUAGGUUUAGCUGUUAUAGUGGUUGGAGUUUUCUACAAUAUCUGUCAAUUAGUUUAUGUUAACCAAGUGAAAAAUUUAUAAAAUUUUAUAAAGGAAUUCUUUUAUACAUAAGUAUAUACAUAUAUCACAAAGUGUACUUUUGUAAUUCUAUUUUACUUUACGAUGAAUUUUUUUAAAAAGUAAUUAUAAUUUUUUUUUUUAAACGUUUAAUCAAACUAGCGUUUUUUUUACACUUCAAACUGUGUUUUUCAUUAUGUUAAAACAAAAGGUAAACUAUUAGCAAUAAGAGAACUUAUAAAGUCAACACCCAUGUGAAAUACUUUUGUACGAGCGUAUAUUAACAGUUAUUACAUUGUGAGUGGUCUGUUGUUUAUUUCAAAAUUUAAUUUCUCAACUUAUCAAAAUAUGAGUUAUUUGAUUAGACAUUUUUAAACAUGUUUUGCAAAUUAAAUUUUUAGAAAAAUUUAAGAAAAGUAUUUUUUAUUUUGUUCUAAUAUUUUUAAUAUUUGAUAAAUGUCUAAAAUUAGAAAAAAAAAAUUUUUAACAUCAAUAAGUAAAUAAAAUGAUUUCUUAAAUGGUUAAUUUAAAUUGUUUUGUUCAUUAUAAUUCAUUAUUUAGCUCGACUUUUCUUAAAUAUGUUUUAAAAUUUAAAAUAUACAAAAAAUUUUAAUAUUAAAAUAUUCAAAAAACUAAAGCUAAAAUAUGAUAUAAAUUUAUUUAUUAUAAAAAGUUAAAUUUAAUUAAAAUACUAAACUGUUUAAGUCACAAAAUUUUUUUGAUUUCAAUAUUUUGUCAGUAGAGAACCAAUGGGCGUAUGUUUAUUUUUUGUGUUUCUGAGAAAAUUUAGUUCGUUUUAAAAUUUAAUUUGUAAAGACAUUCUGCCAGAUUGUCCGACUAAUUUUUUUAAAUAUUUUAAAAGUUGUAUCAUUCUUCUAACUUGAUUUAUUGGACACGUUGGGGUACGUGUCCAAUAAAUCUAUGAUUGUUGAAUAUUUAUUGAUAAUAAACAGAAGUAAAAAAUGGACAUACGGCCUUUUGGUUCUCGGCUGGCGAUUUGUUACGCAAUUUUUUAAAGCGCUCUUGUAUUUUAUGUAUAUUCUAAAUGUAAUCUUUUUGACUA